CAGUUAACGUGACUCUGAGCUGCAGCUAGCGGGUCCCAGCUCCUCUGCUCCAGUCUGGGAGUCUGGUGGAAGUCAGCGGCGGAAGCCUGUCUUCACCAAGCCGGCCUGGAUGGCAGGGACACACUGGUGCAAAGACUGUCGAAACCACAAGCAUUACUGGUUGCAAGUGUUUUUUGGACCGUGGGACGGAUGAAAGGCGGAAGCUGUAGGAAGCCCAGCUGGGCUGUAGCUGCUCUGUUUAUCCCGAUUACCCUGCUGAUGCUGACCUCCAGGGCGGCAUCAAGCAGCCACAAGAUGACACAAACAUCUAUGGCUCAUGCAACAGCCACGGCUACAGGACAAGGCCCCGGCCUGACAGAUGACCUCCCAGGCCUCCGGGCUGUAGCAGACUUCUUAUCCAGCGAACAAGCUCAUGUGUGGCUCUUGUCCCUGGUGGGCUCCGUUGCUGUCGGCCUCAGUGGGAUUUUCCCCCUCCUUGUCAUUCCCAUUGAGGCUGGAGCAGCCCUCAAAACAGAAGCUGGUGGCCAGAAGCUGAAGCAGCUCUUGAGCUUUGCUAUUGGUGGUCUCCUUGGUGAUGUAUUCCUUCACCUGCUCCCUGAGGCGUGGGCGCUUUCUGACUCUUCAGUUGGUAAACACAACCACUACAUGACCCAGGGCUUAUGGGUAAUCGGCGGCCUGUUGGCGUUCCUCAUCCUGGAGAAGAUGUUUCCGGACCAAGACGGCAACGAGGACCCCGCUUCAGAUCCAGACCUGAAUUCCAACUCUGCUUUGCAGUCUAAUUCAGCGUUCAGUGGAAAGGCAGUGGCAUCACUCAGAACUGUGCACCAUGCUCAGUCAUGGAAAUCCUCCAAGCAGCAGAGUCUGCAGGAAAGAUCAGAGAAAAUCAAGACGAGUGGAUACCUGAACCUACUGGCCAACUGCAUUGACAACUUCACACAUGGACUGGCAGUCGCAGGCAGUUUCCUGGUCAGCAAAAAGGUCGGCUUUCUCACCACCUUUGCCAUCCUGCUCCAUGAAAUCCCUCACGAGGUUGGAGACUUUGCCAUUCUGCUGAGGGCCGGGUUCGACCGGUGGAGCGCCGCUCGCCUGCAGCUCUACACGGCUCUAGUCGGUGUCUUGGGAGCUUGCUUCGCUCUGUGUGCCCAGUCAUCAAAGGGAACAGAAAGUGCCACUGUCUGGAUACUGCCUUUCACCUCUGGAGGUUUCCUCUACAUAGCCUUGGUGAACGUGGUGCCCGACCUGCUCCAAGAGUCCAGUGUGAGGCAGUCCCUCCUGCAGAUCGUGCUCAUUUUCUGUGGCGUGGCUGUCAUGGCUGUGCUCUCCGCCAUUGUUGACUGAACAUGGAGAACAUGGAAACCCACCUCUCGCCUUAAAACCAAACACUAAAACUGAGCGUUCUCCACCAACCACCAUAUCUCUGGUACCUCUCAGUCAUGGAACCAUUUCAUCACGUUACACUACGACAAAUAUCUGACAGAAGAACGGCACUUUAUGGACGGAUUACUGAAAGGAAGACCUUCUCGAUCAGCUGACAGGACAUUAAUGUUGACACUUUAAAAUGUGCCAAACAUCAAGGGAAGUAAGAAGGUUUGUACUGUAUGGAUCUCUGUUACCAAACUGUCUUAUAUCGUCGAUCAGACAAUCAUUGUUUUGCACAUACAUUUACACAGGUACACCUGACAUACCAGCGCAACACAACAGGUAUUAUUGGACCUUUAUCUUUAAAAUGUGGUCAACCCUAAAUCUUCCAAACAUUGUACGUAUUGUUACUGUUUCUGAUGUAGCUGCUGCAUAUUUAUUGAAAAUUAGACGAGCAACAUGUAGUUAUUUCAGACAUGCACCAUCACCACUCCAUUCAUUUUGUGUUAAGAAAUAAGUGCCAAAAAGUCAGGAUGGUCUGUUCCACUCGUGUCAGGUCUACACCAAAGUACAGUUUGUCUCUGUUUUGUAUUUUCCUCACACAGUACAGUGGAUCUUUUGAACUCUGCUUAAAUAAAUAACUAAGAUAAAGUUGAAACUAAUUGAAGAAAA